GUACUAAAGUAACUCCCCUCUCAUCUAUCAUUGCCUGGCUUCAGUCACAUGAAAAUGAAUCCUGCUGUUAUCUUCCUUCUUUUAGUGAUCGUUGACUACAGCGCAUCAGCAAACACAGGUGUCCUCUAUCCGUAUGGAGCUCCACUGGACAAAGAAACCAUGAAAGCAGAUGAUGGUGCAUCCAGCGCGAUUAAAGCCACAGUCCCUGUUUUCGGGAAGCAGUAUUCAUCUAUAUAUGUGAACAACAAUGGCCUCCUGUCAUUCGAUGUGCUUCUUAAUAACACAUUUAUUCAACGUUUCCCCUUUGCUGAUGGAACCUUACUGGCGCCAUUUUGGGCUGAUGUGGAUAAUGAAAUAUCCGGGAACAUAUACUACAGGAUGAGCCAAGAUUCCAGCCUGAUAACCCAGAAUGCAAUUGACCUGGCUUCGUAUUUCCCAGGAAUUAGCUACACACCAAAGUGGGUUCUUGUAGCGACCUGGGAUAAAGUUGCAUUUUACAAAUCAGCGACAAAGAGGGUGAACACAUUUCAGGCUGUCCUGAGCUCUGAUGAAACCAUGACCUUUGUCAUGUACAACUAUGCUGAGAUCGAGUGGACAACAGGGACUAAUCAAGGUGGAAACUCCGAAGGACUUAGCGAUGGUGACGGCAGUAUUCCAGCUUUGGCUGGAGGUAAUAAUGGUGCAACAGUCAGUUACUUCGAGAUACCUGGGUCCUUAACAUCCGCUAUAAUUAAUAUAACCACCACCAGUAAUGUUGAAGUUCGUGGACGAUGGGUAUUCAGAGUAGACCAGUCAAAAGUCAUCUCUCCCAAUGUAACCAGCAAUUGUCCCAGACAAGGACAAAGUCUUAUUGGUAAGUAUGAGGAUGUUCCUCAGAACUAG